AUGGCCCAAGAAUACAAACUCAAGGACUUAGCCUCCUUCGCGGAUAUCCCGCCUAUGGAAAAGCGAGAAUGCGAGGUCGAGGGCGUCGCCGAUGGAAAAGUGCUCGUUCUCAAGUUCGACGGGCAGGUUCACGCUAUGAGCCCCCGGUGCACGCAUUAUGGCGCACCCAUGAAAGGGGGCGUGGUAGCCCCUGAUGGGCGGAUUACGUGCCCAUGGCAUGGAGCAUGCUUCAAUAUUCACACUGGAGACGUUGAGGAUGCACCCGCUCUCAAUGCCCUGAACAAAUUCGAUGUCUUUGAAAAAGACGGUGCAGUGUAUAUCCACGGCACCGAGGCCGACAUUAAAGCUGGACAGCGCAACCCUGUGCUUAAGUGUACUGCUUCCGAGCCGGAAGAGAGAGUAGUCGUUGUUGGCGGUGGAAGCGGUACCAUUGGUGUUGUUCAGACACUACGUGAGCUGAAAUACCCCGGCCAUAUCUCCAUCAUCUCGCAGGAGCGCGACUUCGUCAUCGAUCGCACCAAGCUCUCCAAAGCCCUGAUUGCAGACCCUGCCAAAUUGCUCUGGCGGCCACCACAAUGGUACGCCGAUGCCGGUAUCGAGACCGUCUCUGAUGAAGUCACGAGCGUGGACUUCUCUGCAAAGACCGUCUCAACAGCAUCUGGCAAGACAAUCCCUUACACCAAGCUAGUUCUUGCAACCGGCGGCCUCCCACGCACCCUUCCCCUCCCCGGUUUCAAGACCGGCGAGCUGGACAACAUCUUCACCCUGCGCACUGUCCAAGAUGUCCAAGCUAUCCUCGGCGCCCUCGGCGACACCAAGCCUAAAAACGUCGUCGUUAUCGGCAGCUCCUUCAUCGGCAUGGAAGCCGGUAACGCCCUCGCCAAAGACCACACAGUCACUAUUGUCGGCAUGGAAUCCGCCCCGCUAGAACGCAUCAUGGGCGACACCGUGGGCCAGAUCUUUCAGCGCAACCUCGAAAAGAACGGCGUCUCCUUCAAGAUGUCGGCGUCCGUCCACAGCGCCGUUCCCUCCACCUCCAACCCCUCCGCUGUUGGCGCCGUCCACUUGGCCGAUGGCACCGUCCUCCCUGCUGACAUCGUCGUCCUCGGCGUCGGCGUCCGCCCUGCCACCGACUUCAUCCGCGAUAACCCCGCCGUCACUCUCCUGAAAGACGGCUCUCUCGCUACAGAUGCCCACUACGCCGUCCCAGGCUUACCGGAUGUUUUCGCCGUCGGCGACAUCGCGACAACGCCCUACAAUGGGCCCGGCGGUGCCGGUUCUCCCGUCCGCAUCGAGCACUGGAACGUCGCGCAGAACGCGGGCCGGGCAGUCGCUCGCGCGCUGGUGCACGCACGCCGCGCACCGUUGAGCUCGCUACCGCCGAAGCUGUUCAUCCCCGUAUUCUGGUCCGCGCUGGGCGCGCAGAUGCGCUACUGCGGGAACACAGUGAACGGGUACGACGAUGUCGUAAUGCGGGGGGAACCGGAGCAGGCGAAGUUCACAGCAUUUUACACGAAGGGCGAUGUUGUCGUGGCGGUGGCGACGAUGGGCAUGGAUCCGAUUAUGGUCAAGUGUGCCGAGUUGAUGCGCCGAUCGAAUAUGCCGGGGAAGCAGGAGAUUCUGGAUGGAGUGGAUGUCUUGGCGGUUGGGGUGCCGGAGCAGAUGAAGAUGUGA